AUGCUGGAGACGGAUUGUCCGGAGUGCGGUGAGUUGCUAGAUAAAAUAAUCCUCCUUUUUUGGAAUCAGUUUGCGAAGAAGCCAAAGUGGACUUUGCGCCGAAACCCGAGAGCGUCACUUCAUACAUCUCCACGCGCAAUUCGACUGUGGCGACGACGUUGACUAUUCGUGGAUUAGGCAAGAUUCCCGUCUACAAAGGCGAUCCAACCUGGAUCUCUCCAAAAAUCUGGGUUAUUUUCAAGCUAUUUGAAAUUUGCUUUCAUCGUUUCUCAUAAGCGCUUUCACUUCAAACAUCUCACUUUUCAGAAUUUCAUCAGUGAAAAGGCAGUUUUAAUGCGUCCAUCGGCAAUCCGGAUUUGCAAUGGAAGCUGGCACGAAGCACACGAGCUCUCUCAGAUUUUAAAAAACAAAGGUUCGACUUUCCUUCAGUAGGAAUGAGAAAAUAUCUUCUCAGGAUUACUGGAAGAAAUGACAUCCUUGGAAAAUGUAUACGUAGCCAGAACCGACCCGUCGGACACUAUGCGCGUCGAGAAAAAUACUUUUAUCGUCACAAAUUCAAGAAGCGAAGUGCAACCAAAGUGACGAGAACCUAAGGCUUGAAUCGUAUCUGAAGGAGAGCACUUUCAGUCGGACAGUCACCAUUUCGAGGGCCAAGAACUUUCAGUCCAUGUUGGCGCAGUGGAUGUCGCCGAAGAAGUUUGUGCAAGAGGCAGACGAACGAUUCCCAGGCUGCAUGCGAGGCAGAACUAUGUUAGUUGAGAAAAUCUGCGGCAGAAAACAACAGAUCGAAGGUAUGUGAUUCCAUUCUCGAUGGGUCCGAUCGGCGGCCGCUUCUCUAAAAACGCCGUCCAACUAACCGACAGUCCUUACGUCGUCAUCAACAUGCGUGUCGUCGCGAGGUUUCCUUCUUGAUUCAUACGUCAGCUUCGUGACUGAGGUGUUUCGAGAGUCUCCUCGUCAGUUUGGGACGCAAUUGGAAAUGGAGACUUCGUCAAGUGCGUUCACAGCGUCGGUGUUCCAAGACCCGUACUGCACCGGCUCAAAAAUAAUGUUGGGUUUUUAGCAGGACAAUAAAACAAAAUUUGCAGUGGGCCUGUAAUACCUCGGACAUAUUCAUUGCUCACAUUCUUGAAGAGAGUGAGAUCUGGUCCUACGGUUCUGGGUACGGCGGAAACUCGUUGCUUGGCAAGAAAUGCCUGGCGCUCAGGUAAGCUAGAAAGCGAUGAACAAAACUUUCUGUUAGGAAAACAAGUAAAUCGGAAAACUAGAUCAAGAUUAAUUUGUGCUUUUUUGCCUUUUUUUGUAUAAAUGACGAUAAAUUUUUUAAUCUUUUUUGAACUUUUGUUCAACAAUUUUAGGAUUCAGAAUGGGAUCCUACAUGGGCCUAAAGGACGGAUGGCUGGCUGAACAUGCGGCUAUAAUAUCCAUCACAGAUCCCCAGGACCAGGAAAUUUUUGUGUGUGUCUCCUUCCCUUCCGGAGCCGGAAAAACGACGAUGAGCGCAAUGUUGCCGGCUCUUCCUGGUUGGAAGGUAUCCGGAAAUAUAUACUUUCUGAAAUAUACAUUACUUCAUCGCUUCUCAAAAGUGACAGUUUCAGAUCAAAGUACUAGGAGAUGAUAUCGCGUGGAUACGAUGGAAAGACGGUCAAAUGUUUGCGAUGGCGCCAGAAAACGGCAUGUUCGGCAUCGCCGCCGACGUCAAAGAGGAUUCAGGCAAAAUCCUAAUUGAAGUAUUUGAACUUUUUUUUUCAUUAUUCGGAGGAUUUUCUAGGCUCUGAAGCGUGACGCGUUGGUUGUGAACUGCGCCACGACCAGCAAAGGCCGUUUGAUGUGGCAAGGCAUCGAGGGAACACUCGAACCAGAAGAAACGGUUCAAUAGUUUAUUUGAAAAGAAACUUUUUUGAUCUAACUUCUGUUUGGCCUAUUUCAAAAAACAGAAAAUUCUGCAUUCAAUCGAUAUUCAGUACUGUUGAAGGUUGUCGACUGGCGCGGAGAAACUUGGACAAAGGAUUCUAAAUCGUGAGAAUUCCCAAUAAUACAUUUUUUUUUUCAGCUCCAAAACAGUUUCUGAAGAAUUAAAACAAAAAAAGAAGUAGAUUGAAUCUUUUGGUUAACAGAUUCAGACCACCGGCGCAUCCGAACUGCCGUUUCACGGUGUACACAAGUAACGUGGCCAACGUCCAUCCGAAAUGGGACUCGCCUUGCGGAGUUCCUAUCUCUGCGUUAGUCUCACACUUCCUGUCCGAGUCCUCUGUUCAGUUACAUAUUCGGCUCAAGGAGACCAGACGCCUACCCUCUGGUCCUGGAGACGAACAAUUGGGCAGAAGGCGUGCUCCUUGCCACUGGCAUGCGUUCUAAAGUCGGUAGUGGUACCGACCGAAAAAGCGGUGAAUUAGUCGAUUCGAAAAUCGAAGUCCAGUAAAAAGCUCUUCAGAUGGCCUUGUCAAUGACCCAAUGUCUAUGCGGCCAUUUAUGGCAUACAACUUUGGCAAAUACGUUGAUCACUGGCUCGAAAUGGGCAAAAAUAGAGAAAAGGUCAGAGUUCCACGUUUUUUUUCAAAGCCCUAGUCCUCCAUGUGUGAAUAGCCCAAUAACAUCAACUUUAUGAAUGGAGCAGCUGAUUUUCACUGCAAUAUUGAAGGUUCCAAAAAUAUUCCACGUAAACUGGUAUCAAGAAGACGAUAAUGGAAACGUCAUCUGGCCUGGGUUCAACGAGAAUAUUCGUGUCCUUGAAUGGAUUUUUAACCGGUAUGUCGACCCCUUUCAGACGAUUACCGGUUUUCAGUGUGAGAAACCCGACAGAUGAGUCAAAUGUGUCGACUUCGGUGAUAGGAAAGACGCCAAAGUCGCUUAAUAUGGAUGUAAGAUAGGUCUCUCGUAACCCUUCUGAUCAAUGUCUUGUUGACGACUUUUGCUAACAAAAAAAAAACCAAAACUACCACUGCUGAAAACUCGUUCCGGCAAUUUGAGGAUUAUUCCGAAUUUGUUAUUCCAAAAAUCAGGCGCUAUUCAGCGAAACUUUCAAAAUGAAGGGUUACCAAAAUGCGAACCUGUUUUUUUUUAACUUUUCGAAAAUAAUUCGCAUUCACAGGGUCUUCCCCUGAAGAUAGACUUGAAAAAGUUGUGCGAGCCUCCGCCGACGUUCUGGCUCAAAGAAAUGGCGGAGAUUCGAUCUUUCGUCAACGCUGAGAUGGGCGACGACAAGCCGCAACAGAUUGAGUUUAUGCUCCAUGAACUCGCAGCGAAACUUUGA